CUGUCCAAAGCGAACCAACUUUAUACCUUUUGCCUUUACAAUCUCUUGUGUUAUAGCUUUCAAUUUUGCACACGCAAGAAUAAGGUGCUUAAUUUGCAUCUCUUUAAUUAGUAAGUUGAACCACAAAGAAGAACUAAUCAUUAAGCAAAAAUGGUGAAAGACAGGACAAUUGGUGUGGCAAUGGAUUUCUCAAAGAGCAGCAAAACAGCUCUUGAAUGGGCAAUUGAUAAUUUAGCUGAUAAAGAUGACACCUUUUACAUCAUCCACAUCAAGUCUCAUUCUUCUGAUGAAUCACGUAAUAAGCUCUGGGCUGAGUCUGGUUCUCCUUUGAUUCCGUUGGCUGAGUUUAGAGAGCCAGAAGUGUUGGAGAAAUAUGAUGUGAACAUUGAUAUUGAGCUUCUUGAUAUGCUUGAUACUGCUUGUAGACAGAAAGAGAUAAAAAUUGUCACCAAACUAUACUGGGGAGAUGCAAGGGAGAAACUGUGUGAAGCUGUUGAACAUCUGAAGUUGAAUUCUUUGGUUAUGGGGAGCAGAGGCCUUACUACCCGCCAAAGGAUAUUCAUGGGAAGUGUGACCAACUACGUAACGUCUCAUGCAACCUGCCCUGUGACUGUGGUCAAGGAUCCCGAUUUCCACAAGCACUGAUCAAGAAUUAUGGGUUGAAUGCGACUAACAAAUUCGAGUUACGAUGCCCAUUGAAUAAAUAUGAAAGCUGUAAAAUGGUUUUUAAUUAUUUUCUCCUGUAAUAACAAUUCCCUACUUAAUUUCAAUGCUAAAUGAAACAGAUAGUUUUUCUG